AUGGUUAAAUUACUAAAAUUAGACAAAUGCCACGUUAUAUUAUUCGUAUUGGUAACUUAUUUGGCUAUUUUAAAGUCCUAUAACAAAGUUAUAGUUAUUAAAAUAGAUCGAUUCAUUCCUGACAUUAAAAACAUUUUGUUUUGGACGAAAAUACAGGGUCUUGAGGGUGAAGGUCAAAAGUACUUUAUAGAAAAUAAGUGUGAAUUUAUUAAUUGUUAUUUUACUAAGAAUAAAAGUUUAUUUGAAGAUUUGAGAUACUUUGAUGUGAUUUUAUUUAAUUUACAAGAUGUUAGUAGUAAUAUUCAUGCUUUACCAGUGUUACGUAGUUCAACUCAAAAGUAUAUUUUUGUUGCUAAUGAUUCUUCUGAUAACUAUCCAGUAUGUAAUGAAAUGUAUGACAAUUUUUUUAAUUGGACAUGGACGUAUAGAUUCGACUCCACAAUUUCGUAUCGUUUCAUCACUGUUUACAACACAGAGUACGAAGAACUAGGCAGUCAUUUCCAAUGGAAUAACAACAUGAAACCGAUUGACGCAUCACUAAAAUCACAAUUCGUAACAAAGUCGAGAGCUGCUGUAAUUUUCUUAGACAAAUGCGAGAGUAGGAGCAAGAGGGAAGUUUUAUUACACGAACUUCAAAUGAACUUAGCUAAAUAUAAUCUAGCUGUUGAUAUAUUUGGUGCGUGUGGACCGAAGCAGUGCAAGAGAAAAACAAUGAACCCUUGUUUCUGGAGAUUAAGAAAGAAUUAUUACUUCUAUCUCGCUUUUGAAGAUUCAUUUUCUUACGAUUAUAUAACGGAAAUUGUUCUGUAUGGUUAUAACAAUAAUGCAGUACCGGUUGUGUACGGUGGGGCCAUGUAUGAUAAACACCUCCCACCCGGUUCAUACAUCAAUGCUCUGAACACAACUUCAAAAGCUCUAGCAGCAACUAUGAAUGAUAUAAUUGAGGACAAGGACAAGUAUUACGAGUUCUUUCGUUGGAGGAAUCACUAUGUCAUCACCAAGGCUCCACAUCUGAACGCCUGCGCAUUGUGUGAAAUGUUGAACAGUCCCGCUCGCCUUGUUCAGAAAGUUGUUUACACAAAGUUCAGAAUGUGGUGGAAUCAUUUAUACAAAACGCGUUGUGGAAAUGAUUUGAAUAAAUAUUCGAUUUUAUGAUCAUU